UUCUCCAGUGAACUACUUCUGCUCACUUUCCGGUAGAUCUGUGUGCUGUCAGAAUGUUAAUUUUAAUAAUAUUUGUUCUUCAGAUAUUUUAUGUAAUAUGUGAACUUCCUCAUCCAAAAUUUGAAUAUAAAUAUAGUUUUAAAGGACCUUAUUUAGCUCAAAAAGAUGGAACGGUUCCGUUUUGGGAGCAUUUUGGCAAUGCUAUUGCUAGUGAAGAAAUGGUGCGAAUAACACCUUCAUUGCGAAGUAAAAAAGGUUCUAUAUGGACUAAGAAUCCUACAAAUUUUGACUGGUGGCAAGUUGAGGUAGUGUUUAGAAUUAAUGGAAGAGGAAGGCUUGGAGCGGAUGGAUUUGCAUUUUGGUAUACACAAAAUAAAGGUGUGGAAGGACCUGUGUUUGGCAGUAAUGACAAUUGGAUUGGUUUAGGUGUAUUCUUUGAUUCAUUUGAUAAUGAUGGAAGAGGCAAUAAUCCCUACAUAAUGGCUAUGGCUAAUGAUGGUACUAAAGCAUUUGAUCAUCAAAGUGAUGGAAUAAACCAGCAGCUUUCUGGGUGCCAACGAGAUUUCCGAAAUAAGCCUUUCCCUGUCCGAGCAAAAAUAGAAUACUACAAAAAUGUCUUAACGGUCUUGUUCCAUAAUGGAAAUACAAAUAAUGAUGAGGAUUAUGAAUUGUGUUUACGAGCAGAUAAUGUAUAUUUACCUCAGAAUGGUUAUUUUGGUCUUUCAGCUGCUACUGGUGGCCUAGCUGAUGAUCACGAUGCCUUAAAAUUUUUGACGUACAGUUUGUAUCCUCCCGGAACACAACCAGCAUCACAAAUAGGAGAAGCUGAGAAAGAAAAGUUCUCUAAAGAGUAUGAAGAAUAUAAAGAGAAACUUGAAAAGCAGAAAGAAGAAUAUCGCAAAGAUCAUCCAGAUGAAGCUAAAAGAAAAGAUCUUGAGUUUAACCCGGAUGAAGUGUAUGAAACUCAUCAGCAAAGAGAACUGCAACAAAUAUUUCAAGGUCAAAGUUCUAUGUUUGAAAUCUUAAGGGCAUUGCAUCGAAAAAUAGAUGAAGUAAUUGGUCGUCAAGAGCGAGCUUUGUCUAUGAUUUCUGCUGUACAAACAGGAGGUGUUCCUCCACAGGCGGGAGGGCAAGGAGUUCCACCUCAAGCUGGAGCGGGUCUAGGACGCCAUGAAAUUGAAGCUCUUCUUGGCGGGCAGAGAGAAAUGGUUCAAACUUCUAGAGACAUGAAGUCUUACCUGUCUGAUAUUCAUCAAAGGACUGGAACUAUAAUAGCAAAUCAAAAUCAACAUCAACCUGUUGCAGGCAUAGCAUCUGAAGCUAAUGCCGUAUUUCAAGAAAUCAAAGAAUCUCUAAAUAUAGUUAAAAGAGAUUUAGCAACAAUUUCAGCAAAUUCACAGGGCGGGCCCUGUCCCAUAGUUCAAACUCCAAACUGCCUUACUCCUUCAUAUUUCUUCAUGUUCAUGGGUUUGCAGUUAGUAAUACUCAUUGGCUACUUUACUUACCAGAGCAGCAAAGAAUCACAAGCCAAAAAAUUUUAUUAGAACAGUAUCCAAUUUAAGAAACAUUCCAUUUUUAAACAGAAAUUUGAUUCAUGUACAGAAAUUAUAUUUUUUAUUUUAACUAUGACUGUUUUAGGUUUUUAGAGUAUCCAUAAUUGAUGUAAACUGUACAGUAUUCAUUAGUUUGCCAAAAUUGUUACAUAUCUCAAUCCAUUUUGUCGUACUGAGUAUACUGGAUUCAAAUAAUUGUUCAUGUAAGAUUGCUGUAAAGAGCUUCAAAGAACACUACUUUUAUAUCAUAUUUUGUUUUGAAGAAAGUGAUUAUACUUAAAAUUUAUUUAGAAUGGCAUAAUUUAUCUUGCUUUGUUUGUGUACAAACCUUUUGAUAAAUAUUUUUUUGUUAGUGCUUUCUCAAAGCGCACAUAAAGUAUAUUCCAAUUCAUGCAUCUGUUUGAUAUUUAUAAUUCAUGUGAUUAUAAUUGUUGCUGGUACAGAUCACAACUUCAUUAAUAAAAUGCUCAAUAUUUUUGCCCCUCU